CUGGCGAAACGGGGGAAGACAGACGUCGCGUCUCCUCUCAACAUUAUUAGUGUAUCCCGCAUUAACCGCCUCCCUAGACCCUGUGAUGGUUACUGGAUACAAGUGAGACUCAUAACUGGUAUAAGUGCGUACAUGCCUGGUAGCUGGAGGCAGAGAGAGGGUGAGAGAAGCUGGGAGAGUAAGGAGAGAAAAACGGGAGGCAAAAUGGAUCUCUCUCGAUCUCGUAUGUCCAGAACAGCGGGCUUAUUGCUCACCGCUGUGCUCUCCCUUGCUGCAUUCUGCCCGGUGGAGGGCGGAGGCGGCGGCGGCGGCGGAGGAGGAGGAGGAGGCGGACAGUGCAUUUGGUAUGAGCACUGUGGCAGGAACGAGCAGGGCGUCCUCAGCUGCUCUUACACUGGGGCGCCCAAGCCUCUCACCGGGGAUGGCCUGCACGCCCUCACCAGGACCUGCCCCGAGCUGGUGGACGAGUAUACGACAGAGGAUGGCCAGCUGAACACUUGCUGUGACGCCAACCAGGCCAACACCCUUAGUAACUCCAUCGACCUGCUCAAGAUGUUCCUGAAUCGGUGUCCGGCCUGCUUGAGGAACCUUCGCAUUCCCUUCUGCUACAUGACCUGCGCUCCCAACCAAGCCGAGUUCCUGCAGCCAGUUUCUAAGAAACCCGCCAACUUCCCAAACAAAACGGGAGAAGAAAUGGUGACAGACAUUAAGUUCUACAUGUCCAAGGACUUUGUGGAUAAGGUUUACGCCUCCUGCCGUGAUGUCUUGGCUCCCUCCACCAACAGCAGGGUGAUGGGUCUGUUCUGUGGCCGGUGGGGCGCUGCGCAGUGCACGGGCUCUCGCCUCUUUGACCAUCUGGGAGACUUUGAGAAAAACAAGCACACUCCCAUCAACAUUCAGUACCAGUAUCUGAAGGACCCCUCAGAGAUCCCUGAAGGCAUCCUCCCACUCAACCGAACUGUCCAACCCUGUGAUAAGGACCUUGGGGAGAGCAUGGCGUGUUCAUGUGCUGACUGCCACAGCUCCUGUCCCAUCAUCCCUGACACGUGGGACGCCCCUGGGGAACCUUGGAUCAUGUUUGGGUACGACGGUCUAGCAGUGGCAAUGGCUCUCACUGCUAUCCUCUUCUCUAUCACCUUCCUGGUCAUCUUUGCUUACUGCCACAAGAGGAAUAAGAGAUACACAGCUGUGAUGGUGGAGCGCAGCAUGAGGCACCCUGAGGAGAUCCGCACGGCUGUGGGGCGCCGCCUGGCCAACCUGUCCGUCACCCAGGCACAGUAUGCCGGAGAGGAUGAGAACUCCCUUUUGCACGGCCGCCCCACCACAGAGAUGCCGGAGAUAGUGAUGCAUGAUGAGCUGUCCCUGUCUGAACGCAUCACCAACUGGACCCAGACCACCGUGGACCGACUCUUCACCAAGUGGGGCACCUUGUGUGCGUGUCAUCCCUGGAAGGUGAUGGGCAUCGGCCUCAUCGUGGCCAUCUCGCAGUGUGUCGGGAUAUUCUUCUGGCAGAUCACCACUGACCCUGUUGACCUUUGGGCCGCCCCUAACUCCCGCUCCCGCAUUGAGAAGAACUACUAUGACGAGAACUUUGAGCCUUUCUACCGCACGGCUCAGAUCUUCAUCCGUCCCUUGGGCAUUGACAGUUUUAACUUGGGAAAUGACACAUAUGGACCUGUGUACAACAAGACCUUCCUGCUGGAGGUGCUGAAGCUGCAGAACUACCUGGCCAAUGAGCUUUUGGCCAUGGUUGAUGAGCAGGAGGUGCGCCUGUUUGACAUUUGUAACAAGCCGAUGGCGCCUGACAAUGACAACUGCAACAUCCAAUCCAUCCUGAACUUCUGGCAGAACGAUGAAGGAGAAUUGAAUGGAUCCAGUGUUGAGCAUGCUAAGCACUGUAUGGGAAAUGCCUUCCAGGAGAAGUGUAUGGGGAGCUAUGGUGGCCCUGUGCUGCCUCACGUGGCAUUGGGAGGCUUCCUGGAUGACAAUGAAACCCUCACCGAUAACCCCAACUACCUGAAGGCAAACACCCUGGUCAUCACCUUCCCCAUCAACAACUACUUCAACAAGUCCCUCCUCAAACCAGCGCUGGCAUGGGAGAAAGCGUUCAACAACUUCCUGAUCAACUACUCCCACCCCAUGAUGGAUAUUGCCUUCCGUUCAGAACGCUCCAUUGAGGACGAACUGCUGAGGAUGAGCAAGUCAGACCUGCCAACCGUCAUCAUUUCCUACGUCAUCAUGUUCCUGUACAUUGCGCUGGCACUUGGACACACCAACCAGCUCACGCGCCUUCUGAUCUCCACCAAGGUGACUCUGGGCCUGGGCGGGGUGCUCAUUGUGCUGGUAUCAGUGUGUGCUGCUGUUGGCUUCUAUGGCUACGUGGGUGUCCCCUGCACCAUGCUGAUUAUUGAGGUGAUCCCAUUCCUGGUUCUUGCGGUGGGUGUGGACAAUAUCUUCAUCCUGGUGGAGGCGUACGCUGACCUGGACCGCAAUGAGGAUGACACACGGCCACAGCUGAUUGGCCGGGCGGUGGGGGCAGUGGGGCCAUCCAUGCUGCUCUCCUCCAUCUCUCAGUCUUGCUGCUUCUUCUUGGGUGCCCUCUCAGACAUGCCGGCGGUGCAGGCGUUUGCCAUGUACGCUGGGAUGAGUCUGCUUAUCAACUUUGUGCUGCAGAUGACCCUCUUUGUCUCUCUGUUCUCCCUGGAUGUGAUGAGGGAAGAGGACAACCGGUUUGACGUGUGUUGCUGCAUCCGCCAGAACAAGGUGGAGGACACGGAGACCAGGUUCCUGCACAAGCUGUUUGAGACAACAUACGCACCUUUCCUGAUGAAGCCAUGGGUACGUGCAGUAGUGAUUGUGGUGUUCAUGUUCUGGGUGUGCGCCUCGGUGGCCAUGGUGCCGCACAUCGAGAUCGGCCUGGAGGAGGAGCUGUCCAUGCCAGAUGAUUCUUAUGUCCUCAAGUAUAUAGAGUACCUCAAAAAGUUCGGGUGUGUGGGACCUCCUGUGUACUUUGUCCUCAAGGAUGGCUACAACUUCAGCGACUUGGACAUGCAGAAUAAGAUAUGUUCACACUUAGGCUGCAACAAAGACGCUUUGCUCAUCCAGCUGAAGCUUGCCUCUCAGAUUCCCAACAGGACCUAUAUUGCCGUGCCCUCGUCUGCGUGGAUUGACGACUACUUUGAGUGGUCUGUGGAGGACAAGAACUGCUGCCACAAGUACGAGAAUGGCACCUUCUGUCCCCGGGAGACGGAGGACUACAAUGAGGUGAUUGAUGUAAAGGGAAAAGAGGAACCCGAGUACAAAGGUGGCAAGGACUUUGAGAACAUGUAUAGCGACUUGUAUGACUAUGAUUAUACGUACGGGGACUUGGAUGUGAACUACGACGAUGUAGACAAAUCCAAGCCUGUGUACAAGGAGGACGUCUUUAACUACGAGUACAGUUAUGGGGACGAGUCAGUUGAUUACAAUAGUGGCAUACCUGCAAAGGGUGAACGGGAGGUACCGGGAGACGACGGCUGGCCAAGCAACAGCAAGGACCCUUCCGAGACCCGCAAGGUUCACAGAAAACACCACAGGGAGCUCAACACCCCUACCUGCCAGUCCUGCAACAUCAGCACCCUGCCCAACAAUCCCUUCCGGCCUGAGCCUGAGGUGUUCAACCAGUACCUGCCCAUGUUCCUCAAGGAUAACCCUGAUAAACGCUGCCCCAAGGCUGGACAUGCAGCGUAUGGACAGAGUGUGAAGAUCAACUAUGAUGAGUCAGGGAAUCCCAUCACCGGUGCCAGCAUGUUCAUGACAUACCACACAGUCCUGCGCAACAGCCGCCAGUUCUAUGAGGCGCUGCGUUCAGCUCGGGCCAUCGCUGACAACAUCACCCGAACUCUCAACCUGGUGGAGAAGGACGGCAAGCUGGUGCCAAGUGGGGAGAUGAGAUAUGAGGUGUUCCCGUACAGUGUGUUCUACGUGUUCUUUGAGCAAUAUCUGACCAUCUGGGAGGACAUGGUGAGGAUGCUGGGGAUCUCUGUGGUGGCAGUGUUCUUCAUUGUGCUUUUCAUGAUGGGCUUCGACUUUGCCUCCUCUUUUAUCAUCCUGGUCAUGGUGGUGCUCAUCCUCACCAACAUGGGUGGACUCAUGUACCUGUGGAACAUUUCUCUCAAUGCCAUCUCCCUUGUGAACCUCAUUGUGGCCAUCGGCAUCUCGGUGGAGUUCUGUUCCCACACGACUCGCGCCUUUGCUGUGAGUGAGGCCGACACACGCAUUAUGAGGGCACAGAAGGCUUUAGUGCGCAUGGGACCCUCAGUGCUGUCAGGCAUCACCCUCAGUGACAUGGGUGUGGUAGUGCUGGCCUUUGCCAACUCCAAGAUAUUCCAGGUGUACUACUUUCGAAUGUACUUUGGAAUGGUGGUGAUUGGGGCGCUGCACGGCCUCAUCCUUCUGCCUGUCCUCCUCAGCUUUGUCGGUCCUUCGAGGCGUGUGGUCCGCAGCAACAUGCCAGAUAGAGCAGCCAAUCCCAGCGGCUCUGUGAAGCUGGAGGACAUGAUUGUGGAUGACCAGGAGCGGCAAUGUCUCACAGCGACCCACACGGCCACCAUCAACACAGCACCACCCAAGUCCAGCACCAGUGGCAGUGGCAGUUACCACUCCAGCACCCUGGACAACCCCAAGAAGAACACGCUGACUGCCUCUGUCAAAAGCUCGCCGAGGAAGGGCAGCCGCAUGUCCCUCAACCACAACUAUGACGACAUGGAGGACCUGAACAAGAAGAGCACUCCCUCCCGGCACUCAUACACCCUCUCCCGCCACUCGCUAGCUAAGACUGAUGAGGAGCUGGAGAAGCUGGAGGAAUGAUGAAUCAGGUUUUUGUACGUCAGUGGCCAUUUCAUCAUUUGUGACUUUAAUUUUUUUUCGUUUUCUUAAUUUCAAGUGGAGCAAAGCAAAAGGCUAAGUCUGUGUAAAGUGAAGGAGAGUGAAGCCUUCUAGUGCUGCUGCUCCAUUCAGAACAGCAUGAAAAUAGCAAGGUUAGUCCAGGUUUUCUGAGAGACCCCUUGAAGGUUGUCCAGCCAGAUGAAGGUGUCAGUCACAUCUUGCUUUGGAUGGUGUUUCAAAACCCUUGCUGUAAUAUAUAUGCUGUACUGUACAAUACAGAGGAGACGCCUCCUACUUACUCUGCUGUCCGAGUGGGAUGCCGUCAGGAACAUGUGCGUACAAGCUGAGACACCAAAAGACAAAACAGGAACCUGUAAAGCGCAACUAGUCUGGCAACGCUAAGAGAGGCUUGUCCCAGUGAAGCAUAUCAGUGAACUGUGUCUCAUGUGCGGAUGUGAGUCACUUCAGCCUCUUCCAGGGUAUGUGUCCGUGUGUGUGUGUGUGCAUCAGUUCGUGCAUGUGGCGGUGACAGCUCCACGCCACGCUGCAGGGGACGUCAUUCUUCCUGAGGAGCCCCAUGUGAGGUGGACACAGAUGCGGUUUUAUUUGGGAAGUGUUAUUGUGGAACAUUCCAGUCAGGUGGUCCUGCCAAGAUGUGACACACUUGGUAUAGAAAUGCUAAUUUAUUUAUAUUGCAAUAAGUUUUGAAAAUAGUUUUGCUCAAGAUAACUUAACCAUUGCUAAUUAUCCUCUGUGUUCCUAUUAUGUGUUAUUUCCAGUCAAGUGAUUUAGUAUUUAUUUGUAUUUGUACUAUGUUUGUUUUUUCUCUACUUGUGAACCAUGACACACCGUAUUAUUCUGCGCCAAGAAUGGAUGACUAGGUACGUUUGUGUUGACGAUUCUCUGUUUUGCAUUUGGAAUGGGUUUGUCUGUCAUUGUAUGUACUGUGAUAAUUGCAAUUAAUCGAAAAAUUGAAUUGAUAUUUCAGCACUAACAAUUUUGACACACCAGACAGUCCUCAGCCCCCUCUCAGAGAUCUGGAAUAUUCUUUUAAUGUCCCUCAAGAUCCGUAUAAGGUAUGUCAUUGCCUGGGAAAUGCUGGGCGGUGGCUGCAGUGCUGUGAAAGGCACUGCAGCACCCAGAUAUGUCCUAGCUGUGACGCCUGGACUAGACUGCUGUCCAUUUUACCCACACGAGUCCAAUUCAUGUCAUCUGGAUGGCAUGAACCAGAAAGUCAGAACAGUCAUAUGCUGAUGUAUGGCAGCCACUCAGCAGUGUGUUGCAUUCCAGUGUUAACAUCGUCAUCAGAGUGAUGGCUGAUUCCUUGCCUCAGUAAUGUGAAUCUUCCAAGUUUGAUGGCAAGAAAAUUCAACAUCUAUACACUAUGCCUGGAUCUGUAAUGAUUCUCAGUAAUUGUCUGCCCUCGUGUCUGUUUCAUGAAAGACACAAAAGUAAAUUAAGACUGUUGAAUAGCCAGCAUUGAAGCACAUGAGUGUCCUGCUAAUAUUCCAUGCAAAAUUUUAUGUCACAGUUAUGUACAUAUUUGGGUUAACUUUAGAUAGUAUACAUAACCGUAUCAAAGAUCAGUACGACAUCUUUCCUUCCAAACACGAGUCCAGAGUGUGUGUGCCAGACGGAAUACUUGAGCAAGUGGCUGCUAUGAUAGAAGAUGUGCUAGGAUUCCAAAGCUGCGACAGAGAGCAAUACACACAACACAUCGCACUGAGCGUCGUCAUGUCCACACCAACCAAAUCCUGCACCACACUACCUAGUCUGACAACCAGCAAUAGGCAGAACGUAUAUGUAGGUUUUCCAAGGCUGACUACACCACUAGAUAGCAUUAACAUGUCAUUGCAUACCAUCCAUCAUCAUCAUGCCAAUCAUGUGCCCAGGGGAAGAGGCCUUGCUGGAGGUCCCUGUCCCUUGCAGGUCUCAAUUUAAGGAGGAAGCCACCAGAGACAACCUGCCCAAAGUCAUCACUUCCAUCUCUCCAUUCUCUUGCCAUGUAUUGCUUGGUGCUGGCCAGCUGGUGUCUCUCUCUGGUGUGCUGCCUCCUCCAGUGCCUCAGAAUUUAGUGUAGGAAUGGAUAAAUGCUGUAACUUUUUUUUGUCUUUUUUUUUCCUGAUGCACCUGAUGUUGACAGUGUUGUGGUUUUCUUCCUCAAAAAGUGUGUAGGGUGAAAUGUUGAGUGUGUGUGUGUGUGUGUGUGUGUGUGUGUGUGUUUUGUAGGAUCAGGGAAUAAAGGAACCUUCACUCCCUUCAAUGACUGGUUGGCAUCCAGUCAUACGGAUGGUAUCUUGAAUGUCUUGAGGAAAUCACAAUGCUUGAUUUUGGGUGCAGAGAUCAUUCUUAUAGCAGCAACAUAUCAGACCUUCCAAGUGAUGAACAUAAUAUAUGAAGUCUGAUGUUUUUGUAGCUUUGUAUCAUUGUGAAAGUUGCCAGGCACACAAUAGGGAGCUUGAGAGCCCUGUUGUAGUGAGGGAUGUGCCAGAGUGGUGGAGUCCAGUGCUGUUCAGGGAGGUGACAGAUGCCUCAUGUCAGGAAUAAUUUAAAGUUGAAUCUCACCCUUGAUGAGAUAAAAAUAUCCUGAGUAGCGAGUGAUGAUAUUUCUCUGGCAUUUGUAAACAUUCACAUAAUCAAAAACGUCAAUUACAACUGAAGAUGAGAAAGAGAAGAUAUGGGGUGUGCACCAACAGAUUCAUUCCACACACGACUGAUUGCUUCUCCAGUUUGAAUGACUCAAAGACACGACAGUUUGGCUUGACACUUUAGCAGCUGAGCACUGUUGUCUUCAAUUUCACAUUGUUGCAGUAGAUCCAAGUCUAGCACCAAAAGGGUCAUCGUGCUGCCUCAGUAUAACUAGCAGGUUUGCAGUCUCCUGCAAUAUUAAGUACAAAAAAUUAAUUCAAGUAUUCUUGUUCAGAUUUUCAUCUCGUACCAAUCACUCUUCCUCAGUUGGAGGUUGAAAACUGACAGCCUGAUUGGCAAAGCAAGAGACUGUAAGUGCACUGUGAUCAUCUGUGUACAUUAUAAAAUAGUAAUCAAAAGAGAGUGAUGAGAUGAUGAGUCUGUCAUUGUUGGUUGUGCAGGCAGUUUUACAAUGUUUCAUGGAGAACAGAGGCAUCAUAUUGAAAGUCAUUGGAGUAACAUGCACACCUGACCUGUAUUAUCAUAUGUGUCUGUCUUUCAUGCUUGUGUCCAGUGGUAUGACUUUAAAUAUCUAUAACAUAUACUAUUGAACUUUGUAAUUGAUGUGCUUGAAAUUAGAAGAGAGAUGAGGGCCUGGAAGCCAGCACCAGUGCCCUGCCUCCUCCAAGGUCUAGAGUGUGAGGUGGUUACAUUUAAAGUAAUGAAAGCAUUCGUGGGGUUCUGAUGACACAAAGCUUGGGUUGUACCUCCUCCUAACACCAAUGUGAAUAAAAAGCCUUCUAGCUUAAUUUAAAAGCCAUUGUGAGAGAAAAAUAGAGAUGUAGGAUUAAAAAAUGUGCCAGUGUAAAACAAUUGAUGGAUCUUGGGAUUGUAAUAGCAAGUAAGGCUAUGGUUGUACUUACCUCCACCUGUACCCAAUCUGGGAAAGGGCUUGGUAGUUUAAUGCAAAGACCAUCAUGGAAGAAAACGGAUUGGCAGGAUUAUAAAACGUGCCAGCUUGAAUUGGAGUAAAUGAAUUAUUGACAAAAGAAUGAUUGUGUGGCAGUGAAGUGUUGAUGUGAGUGAAAGUGAUGAUGUACAUGAGGGUGAAAGAAGAGAGAGCUGUGUUUACUCCUUCCCAUAGAGGAUUCUUAGGGGUGGAGUUUAAAGUUAAGGGGAUACCCUGGCAAUGGUAUGAUGUUAUGGAAUGUUCAGUGUUUGUAUCUGUGUUGCUACUGUAUGUGAACUGACCUGACGCUGUAGACCUUGUCCUCCUCCACCUGCCACACGCUUAUCAACUCGCUACCACAGCCUCACCCCAGCUGGUCUUGGUGAGUCAGGAGUGUAGGUAGUGUACUGUAGAUCCACUUCUCAUUAAGAAGUAAUAAUGCUAAUAAACUAUGAUGAUAAUAAUAAUAAUAAUAAUAAUGAUAAACUAUAUUUUCUCAAGUCACUGCACUAUUUUUGGGAAAGCUGCAUAACUUGGCACUGCAAUGGUUAUUUGAGGCAUAUAAGAGGAGAGUCGUGAGCCAAGUUGACGUCCAGUCCCCUGCCUGUUUCAUGUUAGCUAGGGUGUUAGGGUUACUACUACAUGCUCUGCUUUUUUUCCCCACAUUGUUAGAGAAAAUAUACAGUCAGCUGAAAGGAAAAUAAGGCUUAUAAAAGGGGAGGAAUGUACAUCAUGUGUAGACUAUUACUGUAGUGUGAUGUGUCUCCCUUUAGGUGCUUGGUGGCUGACUCAGACCCUCUCCUGUGUUGAGGGUCCGUGCAGACACAACUGAGCUAAGACGGAAAGUGUACACAUUUACACUUCAUGGGACAAGUCAUUGCAAGUGUUUUUUGUACGUGCUUCAUUGGACUACCUAUCACUUGUGUCAUUACCGUGUCAUAUAGUAAACCUACACACAUCUUUACACGCACACGCACACACACACACACACACACACACACACACACACACACACACACACACACACACACACACACACACACACACACACACACACAA